UCCCAACGUUUCCGUACAUGCACGCAUUUGGAAACAAAGCACGUCCGCCAAAUCUCCGGCGGAGACACCAGAGGUAACUCAUCAUGUCAGAUCGGUGACCUUUGCUGGUACUGCGGUCCAUUUACUCUUCUUAUAAUGAUCUUAAGCUCGGUGUCACAGGCAAGCGCGCACAGGUAGACAAGACAGAUUCGGACUAGAAGUCUUAGUUUUCUUCGGCUAUUUCUGAGGGCUAUGUAGAAAAGGUAACAUGAACAUUGUCGCAUCUCUAGCGCUUCUACAACUGUUUCUAUCUGCGGCAGCGACAGUUUCGGGAAACUUCUCCACCGAAACUGUCCAGUCAGCCGCACCGGGCGACGUCGUUUUACUUCAGUGUUACACCGGAGGGAAUCUAACACCUGUCUGGACAACAUGGGUGAAAGACGGUCAUGUUAUCGCCUCAAACGGUGAGCUACAUGUGGACUCUUCUGCCAAAGACCCGCGGCUCACCUUGGAGCGUAACGGGAGUCUGAGCAUCAGUAAAGUGAUUUCUGAUGAUACGGGGAGCUUCCUGUGCAGCUCCAGUCUACCAGACAACAGAACCAUCAACGCACAUGUCCUGCUUCAAGUAACCAGUGGACCGAACAACGUAUCUACAAUGAUUUACCCAACAAUUGUGCUACCCAACAGGACACUGGUCAUUAAGAAGGGAGACAGCCUCUGUUUUAAAUGCAUGGCAUGGUCCUCCCCGUCUCAGCAGCUGAACCUGACCUUCAGUGGAGCUUCGAACAAUAACACAAGCCUGGCUUUCACGCCAUCUCCAGACCUUUAUUACACUAUAAAGGACAUCCAGCCCAGCAAUCAGGGAGUUUAUACCUGCAGUGCCCUCAACACCGUCUCCAACCGCAUGGUCAAGAACAGCACUGAGCUGCUGGUGUACUAUAUUCCGAGCGGACACCCUGACUGUAUGUCCGUGGAAACGCAGGACUCCUCCAGUGUCCAGCUGAACUGCUCCUGGUUCGGGGCGUAUCCGACCCCGGAGCUUCGGUGGGGCAAAGACGGAGACUUCCAGGUGACGGACAGCCUCGUUGUGUCGCUGAACAGAUCGACGCUGCAAGAGGGGCAGACACUGACCUGCACGGCCCGACAUGAGCUGCUCAAAAUAGAAAAUGAGAGAUCUUGCUCCAUUACGCUCCGCGCUCCGUACCCACAGGGCGAUCCGAUGGUCUCAGUUCUGGAGGGAACCAACGUGACUCUCUCCUGCCGUGAGAUCAGCUCAGUACCGGCUGCCAACACCACGUGGAGGAAAGGCCAAAGUCAGGAGCCGAUUGUUCCCGGAUCCAAGUACAUCCUCUCCGUUGAAGGCCCUGAUCUCAAGCUGACCAUAGUCAACAUCAGCAAGUACGAUGAAGUGUACUACUUCUGCCGCAGCGAGAACGCGCUCGGGAUCCGCGAGCUGGAAGUCUUCCUCACUGUGAAAGCAUCAUCGUCGGCGUACACUGGAGCGGUGAUCGGUGUGUUCGUAGCUGCCCUGAUCACGGGCUGCGCUUUCAUCGUGGCUAAAAUACUUUACUCCAGGAGACACACAAUCUGCCUGGGAGGAGGUUUCAUGCAAGCUGAGGACAGAGGAGACGUGGUGGACCUGGUGGAAUCGGACGAUGAGCAGAUCUUUCAAGACGCCGUCCCCCGACUGCCUCCUUUAACCAACGGUCGCCACACGACACUCGUCCAGAUACAUCGGAUCCCUUCCAGUGAGGAUCACGAGGUCAUCGUUGAAACACAUCCAGAGCCGCCUGAACAGAAAGAAGAGCCGACUGAUGAGCUAACAGAAGAAUCCAGAGAAGAGGUGGAGGAACUCGUAUCAUUUUAGGGACAAGAUGCUUGAAAAUUAAUGCGUCAUUUCUAAUGACAACUGAAUUAGACUCCAAAAUGGGUUUUUUUUUUUUAGCGGUGUUGUACAUUUUUGUAUGUUUAUUUUAAACAUUUUUUGUUUGUACAGAAUUUUGAAUGAGUGACAUUAAAGCGGGAAGUAUGUGUGAGGAAACCACCUUUUUUGUUUGGUUUUCACAUUCAUCACACACUGUACAAACACUGCCUAUCCCAGUACAUAAAGCAGAUCUGAACCGAAACUUAAAAUAUGUCACCAUCAGUUCAGAGCUGCGAGACACAGACUGGCUCACUUCCAAAACAUGAUCAGAAUCAAAGCAUUUUAAUCAGGUUAUGUAAAAAACUUAAAUAGAUUUUAAAGUAAACGGACAAAAUUUGACAAUAAAAUGUAACCAAAUCAAAAAAUUUUUUAAUUCAGACAAAACAAAUCAAUCAUUCUCUGAAGCACUAAAAUUGAUUCUUAUGCUUUAAAUUGAAUAAACAUCAAACACACAUCUAAAUAAUUUCUAAUUUAUUGCCCAUUAUAUCUAAUUCACAUUAUGCACAUUUACGGAGUCCCUCUGUUUGCACAUUGAAUUUUUUAUGUGGGAUCUUUUUAGUAGGUCAAAGCAAGUUAAAAGCAGUUAAAUAAUGUAUUACACUGUCAAAAGCAGAUCCAGCAUAAAAACCGAGUCUGGCUGGAAAUGAGCCGUGUGAGCUUAGAUGUGAAUAAUUCAUGGUAUGUAUGUUAGGAGUUGGAUGCCAACCAAUGUUUUUUUUGUUGUUGUUUUUAGCCAAAUAUGCUGCUUACAUGACUACAAGAAGAUAACUGUUAAAACUUGCUACCUAAGACAUUGAUAGUUGUCAUAAAUUGCAGAAAUUGUGUUUAUAUUUCUUAAAGUCAGAUAUAUCAAAAGAAAUAAAUGGAACUUUGUCCUUUUUUUUAAAAACUUGACUGGAAUGUUCUAAAUCCUUUUUAACUAAAUUUAUGCAGUAAAUAAAAAAAUCUGA